AUUAAUCUAAUAAUUCUGCCUUAGAUAUGAGGUCUUAUGUAGAUCCAGAUUAUUCUAUAGGUCGCAACUUGCGGCAGAGACAUAGAAAAAAAGGAGUAUCUAACGAGUAUUCACAUCAUUUGGAUACCGAAAAUAAAAAAAAGGGCAGAAAGAAAUGUCAAAAUGGAGCAUAUGAUGAAUACGGAAAUAUUCGCUUCAACGGUCUGGACAUUUGCGACUGUAUGAAUCAAGAAUGUGAUGGUUGCUGGUAUAAGUGCCGAGGUUGUGGCUCAACCAGGUGUGGUCCUCAAUGUCGCUCAAAUCGAAAGCUUUUUUAUGAGGACAUUACAUAUGACGGAAAAGAUUUAAAUAUUCAAAAUAAAUAUAUUCCAAAAUAAAGUAACAUCUAACACUUAUCUUAAA